AUGUCGGCCCGGAACAGUCGUGACUACGAAGGGGAGUCGUUCGACGAUGCCCCCGAAUCCAUUGAGAACCCCCGUGUGACCAUUCCUCAGUCCUCGUCAGCACGGUCAUUGACCGAUAGCCCGCCCGUGGGGGUGGGUGCGUCACCAGAAUUAACAGAAAAGCCGCCGCUUCCUUCUGAAUCGCAGGUCGAGCAGGAGGAAGAAGAGGAGGACAACGGAAGUGAAUCGACUACACCUAAGAAGAAAAAUAAGAAGAAAAACAAGAAAAAGGGGAAGCAGCAAGACGAUGGGGAGGUUGCGGAGGAGCAGGCCGAGGAGCUGCAGGAGCAAGAGCUUGGCGACGAACUGAAGCUUGAGACGGCCGAAGUGGAACAUGACGAUGAGGCAGACCAGCACAUCGAGGUUGAAGACCUACCUGAACCUGUUGGGUUGGAUGGGAUAGGCGAAGAAGAGGCGUCUGAUCGGAACAUUGCACAGAAGUCACCCCUACUCACCUCCCACCGUUUAUCGUCUGCCUCGUCCCUUGACGAGGUGGUCCUAACAACCAGCAAGGAGGAUGUGCCAAUUAUUGACACUAUCGAAACCAAGCCGGAACUACCUCCCGUACCCCCCAAAGACGAUGUUGCUUCUCCGCCUAGCUCUGGCUUGAAGGGCCUAUCUGGAAGCCUACCGUCCUUGCCAUGGGCCCCCCCUCCCAUCAACAAAAAUCCUCCCCCGCCUCCUCCUCCUCCCUUAUCUCGCAAAUCCAGCGGCCCCUUCGCGUGGUUCUCUCGGAGCUCGAUUUCAGCAAAAGAAGUCAAGUCCCCGCCUCCGGUUGGAUCCAGGCGAAAUACUUCCACUUCAGUAUCAACCAUCGCCAGUAACCUGGACCUUGUGACAGAUGGAGAUGCGUCAAGUGUCAACUCGAAGAGGCCACGACGCAAUAGCUUGAAGGACCAAUUCAAAUUGCUGCGUAUGCGGGAGGAUACUGCCUGGGCUGAGCACGAGGAAGCGGGUGCACGAUCGAAACCUCCUAGCUUCAGUCAUCCUGGAAUGAGUCCCCCAAUUAUUCCGGAAGAAAAUGAGGAUGUCAUUUUGCACCCACCUACUACUGCCUCGGGAGCAACCUCCCCCGGAACUGCAGAUCCAACGACGAUCAACCCCAAUCUUGCCCCGGGUACAGUUUCUGGGUUCGCCAGGUCAGCAGACGACGCCUCGACACCCGUGGACUGGGAACUCUGGCAGUCACUCGUCAACAACGGACCUCAGGCGCUGUUGAAUUCGGAGGAGUUGAAUUCGGCCAUAAAGAGGGGUAUUCCACAGACUAUUCGAGGUGUUAUUUGGCAGAUCUUGGCGGAUUGCCACGCUGGUGAAUUGGAGGAUAUCUACCGAGACUUGGUAGCGCGUGGGACGGACAAGGAGCGUCGGCCAUCAAACGGCCAGAUCAAUGGGAUUAUCGAGGAAUCAAACUCAUCCUCACGCUCGUCAAUUCGAUCUGACCAUUCAGGAUCUGCCACGCAUUCGACCAGUCCCUCCCAUGAGACUGAUCCAGAGAAGUGGGCCAAGGAACAGCUAGCCAGCGAAACUGCUCGUGUAAAAAGGGCCAAGGACGAGGGAGUUGCGUUGCAGAAGCUGGAAAAGGUCAUCCGCCGGGAUCUGGGUUCGCGCACAAGUUAUUCGAAAUAUUUUGUCUCACAGGGCAGCCAGGAGAGUCUGUAUGGCCUGUGCAAAGCCUAUGCCCUGUACGAUGAGGCCGUGGGUUAUGCACAGGGCAUGAAUUUCAUUGUCAUGCCCCUGCUGUUCAACAUGGAUGAAGCUGAGGCAUUCGAGCUUCUUGUCAAGCUCAUGAAUAAAUAUGGGCUUCGCGAGAUGUUUAUUGCGGACAUGCCUGGACUUCACCGCAGUCUCUACCAAUUUGAACGACUUUUAGAAGACUUGGAACCAGCCCUUUACUGUCACCUCCGCCGACAUGGCGUUCCCCCGCAACUAUAUGCUACGCAGUGGUUCUUGACAUUGUUCGCCUAUCGAUUCCCAUUGCAGCUCGUCCUUCGUAUUUACGACCUGAUCUUUGAGGAGGGUCUUGAACGCACCAUUCUCAGGUUUUCUAUUGCCAUCAUGAGACGCAAUGCUGAGGCACUGCUGGGGAUGAAGGAUAUGAGCACGCUCACUACCUUCCUAAAGGAGCGCCUGUUCGACGCAUACAUCGAUAAGCAACCUUCGGCAACAUCUAUCUUAGAGUCGGGUUUCUUUGGAAGCUCUGGAGCUGCCGAUAAGGAGGUCUACCGAGCCGAUAUCUUAGUCCAGGAUGCCUGCGACGUCCCCCUCACCCAAGAUAUGAUCAAAGUUUAUACUGCUGAGUGGGAGGAGAAGACUCGGACGGAGAAGGAGCGUGAGACUGAGUUGGAGAAUUUGCGACACACCGUGGCAACGCAGGCUGCCCGAGUGCGCUUGCUCGAGGAGCGCGCUGAGGCCUCAGACAAGGAGCAUGUGCAGCUCGCUUCAGAAUUGGUUCAUGCCAAGGUAGAGAAUGAGGAACUGCGUGACUUGACUGAUGCUCUGAAGCUCCAAGUUGCCGAGCUAAAGGUCGUGGUGGAUAAGCAACCUGGUGAAGUGGAGGGCAAACUGCGCAUGGAGAUGGAGCGGAUCAUGAAACGGAACAUUGAGGUGCAGAACGAAAACCGGGCGAUGGAGGACUCCAUGGCUGAGAUGGAGAAGGAGCUAGUUUCAACGAAGAUGAAGUGGGCCGAGUUGUCAGAGAACCACGAGACGCUCCGCCAGAAAUGGAGCGACCUUCGCCGGGCCCUCGAUUGA